AUGGUCCUUGCUCUUUACGCACUGGUGGGGCUGCAAAGCCAAGCACUGUUGGCUUCACACGCCUGGUCAGUUGAGGUUGUGAACUUGGUGUGGGCACGUAGGAACAACAAAGCAUGCACAAAGAGAGAGGAACGUGAAUCUGAAUGCGCCCAUGUCCUCACAAAAGAGGAUCCGAUGAAUGAAAUGCAAGAUGUGGUCCGAGCCAUCAAUCUAACCAAGUGCUAUCCCAAGAAGGUGAAACCAGCUGUCAACGAGUUAACCUUUGGCGUGCGCCCAGGUGAAUGCUUCGGAUUGUUGGGUGUGAAUGGAGCUGGAAAAACCACCACAUUCAACAUGCUCACUACAACUAUCCAUCCAACUAGCGGGACGAUUCUGAUUGGUGAUUGCAACAUAACGGAGAAGUCGGGACUGAGUUCAUACAAUCUGAUUGGCUACUGUCCACAGUUUGAUGCCCUCCUCCCACAUCUAACGGGCUUUGAGACAUUGCAGCUCUUUGCGCGUAUCCAUGGCUAUCCAGAGAGGGUGAUCCCCACUUUGGCUGAUCGACUGAUUGAUCGAAUGUCUCUGCGUCCCCAUGCCUACAAACCGGUACACACAUAUUCUGGUGGAAAUCUACGCAAAUUGUCUACCGCUGUGGCCACAGUUGGUAACCCUCACGUCCUUCUUCUGGACGAGCCGACAUCUGGAAUGGAUCCAGGUGCGAAGCGGUGUCUAUGGAAGGUGAUAAAGUCGCUUCAAAAAGAGGGGUGCUCUGUGGUACUGACUACACACAGCAUGGAAGAAUGCGAAGCUUUAUGCAAUCGUCUAGCCAUCAUGAUGGACGGUCAGUUCCAGUGUUUUGGCACAGUAGCCCAUCUAAAACAACGCUUCGGUGAAGGAUACAUUCUAGAAGUUGAUCUCGGAGUUGAUGAACCGAAUCCGCAGAAAUUUUUCCCUUCUUCCGAUGCUAUUACGCUAACCGAUGCGGUCGGUAAGAAGUGUAACUUCGAAGCACAUGGCGAGGUGUGUCUAUCUAAGAUAUUCAAGAAACUCCUAGCUCUGCGCUCUGCCGGUAAGAUCACCACUUUCGCAGUUCGACAGGUCUCAUUGGACUCCGUUUUUGUCAACUUUGUCCGCUCCUAUGAGAAUGAGAGAGGGGACGGGGACUAUGAUGAAGAUUUGUCGAGUGUGGGACCCGAUCGAAUGGAGGCGUUUUAG